GAAAGGGACUCGGAAAAGGAGGCGCUAAGCGUCAUCGUAAAGUUCUUCGUGAUAACAUCCAAGGCAUUACUAAGCCCGCUAUUCGCCGCUUGGCCCGUCGCGGUGGUGUGAAGCGUAUCUCCGGUCUGAUUUACGAGGAGACCCGCGGUGUACUAAAGGUGUUCUUGGAGAAUGUGAUCCGUGACGCAGUGACCUACACUGAGCACGCCAAGAGAAAGACUGUGACCGCAAUGGAUGUGGUGUAUGCUCUUAAAAGGCAGGGCCGUACUCUAUACGGUUUCGGA